UUGCCUGACGUGAGAAUCAUCUGACUCUCGUGUCACUUUACACAAAAGCAUCUCCUGUUGUCCAUACAACUUCCCAACUUUCGCUCACAAGUUUCCUUUAAGAACAGCAACAAAAAUUCUGCCCUUUCUUGAACUCCGCAUUCGUCAUUAGCUGCCUUCAGAAUGUUAACUCAAAUCGAUGUUGACAUGGCCGAGUUCGGUGUCUCGCCUCGACAUGGUUUCUUGCCAGACGAACUACCUCUGCAUAGAUUGAGCGAUCCAUAUUAUUCAAGUUGGGAGGAUGUAAUUGAACGGCUGCCCUCUCUCCUGAAAAGAAAGGCACUUAUUUGCCAUGUAGACAACCUGCCAGUGCUGUCAACUUCGCACUUGCAGACAUUGAGAGAAUGGCAAAGAGCAUACCAAGUGCUCUCAUUUCUCACGCACGGGUAUAUCUGGAAUAGUGCUGAGGGCGGAGGACCAUCAGAGCGUCUACCACCAUCAAUUUCCGUCCCUUUCCUCGAAAUAGCCUCGUACCUUGGACUGCCUCCCACAGCCACAUAUUCGGCACUCAACCUCUGGAAUUUCAAAGCUCCUUCAUCCGAAACUGACUUGAGUCGGAUAGAGAACCUCAAGGUUUUGCAUACAUUCACCGGGACUGAAGAUGAGGAGUGGUUUUAUCUCAUCUCUGUUGCGAUCGAAGCACAUGGUGCAGAGAUCAUCCCAGUAAUGUUGAACGCGAUGGCUGCUGUCCGGACGAAGAAUUCCCACAUAGUGUUAGCAGCACUUGUCAAGUUUGGAUAUUGUGUUCGGGAAAUGGGUGCCAUACUGAAAAGGAUGAAUGAGAAAUGUGCACCAGAUGUCUUCUAUCAAAAAAUCCGGCCGUUUUUGGCUGGAAGCAAAAACAUGGCUGUGGCUGGGCUUCCGAAUGGGGUCUUCUAUGACGAAGGCGACGGCAAAGGAGAAUGGCGACAAUUCAGUGGCGGAAGUAAUGCGCAAAGUUCUCUCAUCGCGUUUUGCGACGUCGUCCUUGGGGUGGAGCACUGGGAUUCAAAAGACUCGGGUUCCAAGAACCAGUUUUUCCAGGAAAUGAGAAACUACAUGCCGCGAUCACAUCGCACUUUUCUCCAACGAGUAGAAUCCAUGGCUAGCAUCCGAGACUUUGCUGCUGCCCAGACAAGCGUACCCGAGCUCGGUGAGGCCUACAAUUUUGCAGUCAACGAACUCCGCAAAUUCAGAGACAUCCAUAUUCAGAUCAUCGCCCGGUAUAUCAUCAGGCCAUCGAAGCAAUACGCGCCGAAGGAAGACACUGGUCGGAACCUAGCUGUUGCCUCGUCAAUCACACCGGAGAAAGAGCUUCACGGAACGGGAGGAACACAGUUGCUCCCAUUUCUUAGACAGAGCCGCGAUGAGACCAAAAACGCAGCCUCGUUUUGAGGAUUCGAGAGCAGAAUACAUAGUUGUAGAAAGAGAGCAUCAUUGGCGUUUCGGACCGCAUAGAUAGAGAUUCAAACGAAUGCAGUGUAAGAAUGUAAACAAGACAAUUUAACGCAUCAGAUGUGCUGUCCACUCUUUCGGUGUUUGCUG